GAAGAAUUAUCAACUAUCUUAUUUGUGCGUCAUGUGUGUCGAAAGGUGGAUGGAUAAGAAAUAGUGCAUUAAAUUGAUGUGUUUGUGAAACAAGAAAUAAUAUUGCAUGGAAGAACGCAGUUAGAGAAACAUACAAAGGAAAACCACCGUACGACGAAUAGAUAAAAUUAAGCUCUGUGUUUGACCCCGUGCGUACAGUUGAUCCUGAUGGAGAAUAACAAUAUUAAGCACAUCCUACAGCUGUCGAAGGAAGAAAGGCGGGCCUUUCUCGAUUCCUUCGAUACGCUAAUGUCCGACUGUGACGGGGUGGUGUGGAACUUUACCGGUCCGAUCCCCGGAGUGGAUAAGGCGUUGCAGCUACUGCGAGCCGAUGGCAAGAAGCUUGCGUUCAUCUCUAACAAUGGCAUGCGUACGAUGGCGGAAUACCGGAAAAAAUUCCACUAUCUUGGCAUCGAGGCACAGCCGGAAGACAUCGUGCACCCGGCGUUGACAACAGUCCACUAUCUCAAGUCCGUCAACAUGCAGGAUGCCGUUUACUGCAUUGCGACGGAAGUUUUUAAGGACUAUCUGCGGGAGGCAGGAUUUCUAGUGCUCGACGAGCCCAAGGAACGAUUCCCCGACAACAGGGAGGCAAAUCAGGUGCGCGUCUAUUCGAGCUACUUUGACCAACACGACGCGGGUCCAAAGGUCGGUGCGGUUGUGAUUGACAUCGACGUGAACCUCUCCCUGGCGAAUCUGAUGAAAGCCAAGUGCUACCUGGAGCGGAACUCCGACUGUCUGUUCAUUGCCGGUGCGACCGAUUACGUGAUUCCACUCGACUCGAGCAUGGACGUGAUAGGACCGGGAUAUUUUAUCGACAUUCUUGAACGCACCACCGGCCGGGAUGCACUCGUGCUUGGUAAACCGGGAAAGGCGCUGGCGCAGGUGGUCCGGAAGAAGUUUCAAAUUACCGAACCAAAGCGUGUGCUGUUUGUGGGUGACAUGCUUCCACAAGAUAUGGGCUUUGGCACGCGGUGCGGUUUUCAGAAACUGUUAAUGCUUAGUGGCGGUACUUCUAAGGAUGUCCUAUUGGCCCAUGACGAACCGGACGAACUGCCCGACUAUUAUGCGGACAGUUUUGCCGAUUUUAUUGAACUGUACAACGACGGCAGUCGUAGUGAAGAAUAGUCCGCGCUGCAAGCAGCUGCAUUUACAUGCGACCUUGCAUCUCAAUAAUGUGCAUUAUUUUACCCCACAGAAAACAUUCUCAUAUAUGUGUUUAGAUUUUAGAAUAGUUAAAAUAAAUGAAAUCAUGACUAAAAGCA